UCCUUACUGGCAUAUCCAUGCGUCUUGCAAUCCUAAAAUAUCGCCACUUGUUGGAUCGAAAUUUGAAAAUUUCUUCGUCUCUGUGACUUUACCGUUUCUGGCUUGAUCUCGAGAGUGCGCCAAUUCUUGGUAUCAGCUACUUUUGCCUUCAACUAAGAACACACGAUUGGUUUAUUGAUUUUUACGAUUAAUUAGAGUUCAUCGUAUGAGGUCUGGGGUCCGUUUCGGUGAUCAUUGAGAAGUUGGAAGUAUAGGGGUAGGAUUAAUGUCAUAUGCGUUUGACGGCACCUACAGUGGCUCUAAGGUCUGAAAUGUGGUAGCAUUCUGAUAUUGGUUCAACCAAAAGCUAUGGGCAGUAGAACUACAUCAGUUCUUGAAGUAUGUUGUUGUCCUUACUGAGUAAACGUUCAUUGGAGGUUGAUUCUAGGGAUUCAUAUGGAUUUGCAUUAAGACCUCAACACGCACAAAGUUACAGACAGUAUGCUUCUAUCUACAAGGAGGAGGAAGGUGAAAGGGCGGAUAAAUGGAGAGGCUUCCUUGAACAGAUAGUCAAAUCAUCUCAAUCAUGUUCUUCUGAGAAUAAGCUCGAAGAAAUAUCUAAAGCUAAGGGUAGUGAGAUUAAAGAAGGGACAGGUUCCAGUAUCAGGAAGUCUUGUGAAGGGACUGAGUUAGAAGAAGAGGUAAGCGCAGAGAGGGUAAGUGAAGGAAAUGAUUUGAGUUUGGAGAAAUAUUGUGAAGGGACUGAGAUAGAAGAGGAGAGAGGUGCAGAGUGGGUAAGUGAAGGGAAUGAUUUGAGCGGGAGGAAGUCUUUUAAAGGUACUGAGAUAGAGGACGGAACAAAUCUAGAGAGGCAAAGAGAAGCAGAGGAGUUAAGUGACAGGAGGGCUGCUGAAGGUACUGAGAUUAAAGAAGGGAAAGAAGGGACAAUUCCAGCAAGGGUUAGUGAAGGGAAUGAUUCAAUUGGCAAGAAGUCUGUUUCUGAUGGUUCAUCAGCAAGUAGUUCUGAAAAGGAGGUGCACUGUCCAGAAGAAAGAAAGGCCCGUAAGGUUCAAACCUGGAAUGAAAUUAGGCCUUCUCUUGCUGCCAUUGAGAAACUCAUGAGUAAUCGUAUCAAUAAAGUAAAGAAAAUUGAAGUUGGGCAGACAAAUGUUAAAUAUGAUAAUUUUCCAUCUAUAGAAGAGUCUAAAUGUCUAGAAGUGGUGUCUGAGGACGUCGUUGAGGAAAAGGCCUGCAUGCAAGAGAUGCUAGAUAGCAAUAUCAAUGACUUGAGGGAAGGAAAUGCUUUAAAGGAUCAUGACUCACCUGAUUUUUACUCUCAGCUGAAGGAAUUGGAGACCCUAGUCCAGGGAGGAGUGCCAAAGGAUCUCAGAGGAGAGGUAUGGCAAGCAUUUGUAGGAGUGAAGACACGUAGGGUGGAAAGCUAUUAUGAGGAUCUGUUGGCUCAAGAAACUGACAGUAGUGAAAGGAAGGAGCAGGAUGAUUCAUCUGGUGCAUUAGGGAAAUGGAGAAAGCAGAUUGAGAAGGAUAUACCAAGAACUUUCCCAGGACAUCCUGCUUUGGAUGAAAAUGGCAGGAAUUCCUUAAGGCGUUUACUCCUAGCAUAUGCUCGGCACAACCCCUCUGUUGGUUACUGUCAGGCAAUGAACUUCUUCGCUGGUUUGUUGCUGCUUCUUAUGCCCGAGGAAAAUGCAUUUUGGGCAUUGGUGGGCAUUAUUGAUGAUUAUUUUGAAGGUUAUUAUACAGAGGAAAUGGUAGAAUCCCAGGUAGACCAGCUUGUCUUUGAGGAAUUAAUGCGUGAAAGAUUUCCCAAGCUGGUUAGUCAUCUGGAUUACUUGGGAGUGGAGGUGGCCUGGAUAACUGGACCCUGGUUUCUAUCAAUCUUUGUAAACAUGAUUCCUUGGGAAAGUGUUCUUCGAGUUUGGGAUGUGUUACUAUUUGAAGGGAACCGUGUAAUGCUAUUCCGGACAGCCCUUGCUCUGAUGGAUUUAUAUGGUCCUGCAUUGGUUACGACAAAAGAUGCAGGUGAUGCAAUUACUCUAUUGCAAUCACUUGCCGGCUCAACAUUUGAUAGCAGUCAGCUCGUCUUUACUGCUUGUGUAAGUUUUCUAGCUGUGACCGAGGCCAGAUUACAGGAACUGAGAGAAAAGCAUCGGCCAUCUGUACUAGUUGUUGUGGAGGAAAGGUCUAAAAAGGGGCGAGUCUGGAAGGAUUCCAAAGGGCUUGCAUCUAAACUGUACAGUUUCAAGCAUGACCCAGGAUCACUGGUAGAAGAAAUGAAAACCAAUGAAGGAAAUGAUAUGGAAAAUGUUGGCGACAAAUCACAGUUGGAAUCCCCUUCCUCCAACUUGGAUGAACUGCUCAAUAGCCUCAAUGUUGAUUCGGAAGUAGAUUCUCUUCCAGAUCUCCAGGAACAGGUGGUUUGGUUGAAGGUCGAGUUAUGCAGAAUGCUAGAGGAGAAAAGAUCUGCUAUAAUCAGAGCGGAGGAGCUAGAAACAGCGCUUAUGGAGAUGGUCAAGCAAGAUAAUCGACGGGAACUGAGUGCCAGGGUCGAGCAAUUAGAGCAGGAGGUAGCUGAGCUACAACAAGCCCUUGCUGAUAAGAAAUUACAAGAAACCGCCAUGCUGCAGGUGCUAAUGCGGGUAGAGCAGGAGCAAAAGGUUACUGAAGAUGCUCGCAGAAGAGCUGAGCAAGACCUUGCUGCUCAGAAAUAUGUAGUUCAUAUGCUUCAGGAAAAGUAUGAUAAAGCCAUGGCAUCGAUCAAGGAGAUGGAAAAGCGGGUUGUUAUGGCUGAAAGCAUGUUAGAGGCCACCCUUCAAUAUGAAUCUGGGCAAUCGAAGGCACUUUCUCCAAGGGGCGAUCGGUUACCAAGCCCAAGAAUUGAAAUACCCCCGCCAAAAUUACGUCUACUAAAUUUUGGACUGGGUUGGCGUGACAAAAACAAGGGCAAGCCGACUAACGAAGAGGAAUGCAGCGAAAGUCAGUCUAACGACGAGGAGCAGACGCCGUCACUACCAGCAGGGAAUUCCAUAACCAAGGACAAGAUGGAUACAUAGCAGUGCCAUCUUGACUGAUUACAUGGAAAUUCACCCUUUUUUUCAAAUUAUUACUACAGCUCCCUUCGGUAAUUUGGUGGCUAUGGUGUCUAAACCGGGGGAACUAUCCUUUUGUAUCAUCUUCAAAAUCCAAUGGAUAAAUUAAUAAUCUAUCCUGUUAUCUACUUUAGUCAGUCGUACAAAUAUGAGCAGUUUUGGCAGGGGAAAAACUUGUAUGCAGUUCUUUAUCGUUGUUAUUAUAUUAUUUUUUUAAAAUUAAACAUGGUAUGUGUAUAAUAAAUGUAUCAUUUUUUUAAAAAAA